AGCCCGGACUUCAGCAGUCAGAAGUUAUUUUAUUGGUUUAUUUCAUUGUUAUUAUUMAUUUAUUAUGUUAUGCUAUUUGUUUACACGCAUAUCUGAGAACGGUUUAGUCAYAAUUCGCCAGCUCGGUGGCUGGAGUUGACCACAGAGGUGUAGCAUAUUUAUACAAUGUGUCAUUAUUGCCACCCAUGCAAAGAAGCAGCAGUGGCAUCGGAAAUGGGCCGAACCAAGACGGAGAGGGAUGCWGGGAGAACCUCCGGGUGCAUUUAAGCAAWCCAAAAGCGCCUUCACAAAUUACACGACGUUUUCCGAUUAUCUGUGGCAACAGCUAAACCAAAAACRCGCGCAGUGGAUGAGGAGCGGCGUGAAUUUGUGCUUUGGGUUGGGGAUCKUCUGCGCGCUGUUCCCCUUCCGGUGAAAGCGGCGGUGCGCGCGUCCUGGUCGGGGACUGUCAUCCUGUCUGACCGCCCGGUUUUUCAGAGAGGAGAAGUUGGCAGAGGGAUGUUCCGGCGAUGAUGGCGCUGCAGCUGAGGAGCGGGGAUGCUGCAUACUACCAGCGCGCAGAGUACUGCAGAAACUACACUUCGCCGCCUGUCGGCUACACUGACAGCAGCCAUUAUUUUGCACGAUUGCCAGGUCCGGACGCCAUGUUGAAGCCUCCUCUCAGUCUCUUCAGUCAUCCCCAACAGCCCUUCCAUUACAUGGACUCUCUGCACCAUUUAGGACCUCCACCCAUGGCGCCCACCCAGCCCCUCGGCCCACCACCCAUUGCUGCUACCCAACCAAUCGGACCCCCAGCUCUUCCUCCCACUCAGAGUCUGGGGCCUUCUGCCCACACGUUGAGGCCUCCAUCCAUUACUCCACCGCAUACCUUAGUCCCGCCUCCAAUGCCCCCAACCCGACCAAUGGGCCCUCCUCCAAUGGCGCACACUCUAGUUCCUCCACCUGUAGAUCCAACACAAGCAAUAGCACCUCCAACCAUUGACCUCACCCAGCCUUUAGGGCCUCCUCACCUCCCCCCAGCUCAAGCACUGGUCCCUCCACCUGUGGCGCCCGCACCCACCCGCUUCCCGCUGCCCCCCAGCCCUUUAUCCUCACCCCCCGCUCCAGACCCAGACCCAUCACAGAUUACCCCACGGCCCCCAGGACCAACACCGGUAUCCAGCUACCCGUGUGGGCCUCUGCCGGGCCAAGCAGCUCCUGCCAGCGAGCAGCCCCAGGAUGAGGGCUCCUCGCUGGGGCUGGAGGAGCAGGACGACCCUCUGGGUCUGGAAGAACUGUGCAAACCACUUUACUGUAAGCUCUGCAAUGUUACACUGAACUCCGCUCAGCAGGCACAAGCUCACUACCAGGGAAAGAACCACAGCAAAAAGUUGAGAAAUUUCUAUGCUGGCAGCCAGCAGCCGCCUGCCAUCAGGAUACCAGAAGCCCUGGAGGGCGCCGGUCCGAACGCCGGCUCAGGAGCCGCUGAUGCUGAUGGGGGCAGACAGGCUCUGUAUAAAGGGGCGCCCCGGGUCAUCCUGGCCACUGAGAACGACUAUUGUAAACUGUGUGACGCCUCCUUCAGCUCGCUGGCGGUUGCGCAGGCCCACUACCAGGGCAAAAACCACGCCAAGAAGCUUCGCCUGGCGGAGGCCCAGCAGAACUCCAGCAACAUGGAAGGCAGCAGUGAAGGAGCGCCGAGAAAAAAUCGGAAAGAUGGCAACGAGUACAGGCUGGUGAAAAACCGCCGCAGCCCACAGCUGCCCGCCGCCAUGCCAGGGCCGUAUUACAACCCGAGGCCGAGGCAGCGCAUCCCCAGGGACCUGGCCAUGUGCGUGACUCCCAGCGGACAGUUCUACUGCUCCAUGUGCAACUGCGGCGCCGAGCAGGAGACGGACUUCCGGCAGCAUCUGGAGAGCAAGCAGCACAAAGCCAAAGUGUCGGAGCUGAGAUACCGCCAUGAGAUGGAGAACCUCGGCUACAGCUAAGAGGGCCGCGGGAAGAGGCGACCCGAACAGAUCCAAACAUCCAAAAUGGAGGCCAGAUCUCACCGCAGAUCAUCUAAGAUUUAAUUUAAACGUCAAAUCUAGACAGGAGCAUUUCAAAAAGUAUUACAGCAGCUCAAACAGUAGAUCAAGUAGUGAAUAGUUACAUCUGUGUUUUCCUCAUUUAAGAUGUUUUGGAUCCUUACACUGCAAAAACACAAAAUAUACCCAGUAAUUUUGACCAGUUUCUAGUGUAAAUAUCUUAGAAACCUUUAAAUAAGAGAAGAUUAACUUACAAGUAGCUUUUCAGCAAGAUAUGCGAGUUUGUUUUAUAU